AUGCUGAAUAGGGUCUUGUAUCCAAGUGGACACUAUGAUGUGUGGACUACUACUGUCGCAAUUGGUAUCACAAUAGCCUUGGCGUGGGCAUGCGCUUUGUUACUGUUUUACACACAAUUCGAUUUGCUAGCAAGCUACCCGGGGCCAAAGGUUGCACGCUUCACUCGACUUUGGUAUGCGAUACAUCUGUUUCGGGGAACAUUGCUUGAAGAGCUCUUAAAAGCUCAUGAGAAAUACGGCUAUGUGGUUCGGAUUGCGCCGGAUGAGCUAUCAUAUAUUUGUCCUGAAGCAUGGGACGACAUAUAUGGAAGCAAAGUCGUUCCGGAAAUGACUAGGGACCCCCGAUUCAUGCAGGACGUCGGCGGGCAAGGGCAAUCAUUACUGCACGUCACCCACGAGCGCCAUCGUGCGAUGCGCAAGAAGCUGGCACAUGGAUUCUCAGCCAAGUCUCUCCGGGAUACGGAAUCCCUCCGAACAUCCUAUGUGGACUCCCUCAUCCAACGACUUUCUGAAAAUUCUCAAAAUGGGGAAGUGUUGGAUCUUGUCAAGUGGUACUCGUUUUUGUCCUACGAUAUCCAAAGUGAUUUGGCAUUCGGGAAGAGCUUCGAUUGUCUUAAGACGUCAAGCUUUCACCCAUGGAUGCAGUUAAUAGCGGAAUUUGACAAGAUAGACCCUUUCUUCAGAGCGAUCACGCAUUUUCCAUGGGCUCUGAAGUUAAUGCAAUAUCUGACGCCGCGAUAUGUGGUGGAUAUGGAAGCCAAGCUAUCAGCAAUGUCGAUGGAAAAGGCCAAGGGGCGAAUGGCGAGACCCGUUGGACGGCCUGACUUCCUGGAGCACUUUAUGCAGACUACAGAUGCCCUGAGCGAGGCUGAUGUUUGUGCCAAUGCCGUGGCAAUGAUCGGAGCAGGAGGUGACACGACAGCGACUUUGCUCAGCGGAACGACCUUUUUCCUACUUCAAAAUCCCCAAUUGCUAACUAAAUUGUCUCUGCAACUCCGUCAGUGUUUUAAAUCAGAGAGCGAGAUAGAUCAGGCUGCCGCAGAUGGGAAUUCGCUACUACAGGCCUGUGUCCUGGAGACACUGCGUGUAUACCCUCCGGCUGCUGUUGGAUUUACUCGAGUGGUGCCCAAGUCAGGCGCAACAAUUGCAGGAAGAUUUGUCCCUGAAGGGAUAACUUUUCAAGUCCUGAUGAGUUCUGCCCCGAACGCUGGCUUGAACCAAGCAAUUUUGAGCAUGACAAGAAAAGCAUAUUUCGGCCAUUUGCAUGUGGUCCUUAUGGAUGCCUUGGAGAGAGGUACCAUGACCCCCGAUCUAGCUAUUCCAGCUCCAUGCUAA